AGUGAAAACCAGACCUCUCUUUAUAUCCCUUCUACACCAUCAUCACCCAAACAACAACAACAACAACAACAACAACAACAACAACAAGGAGAAGAAAGAAUAAAGAAUGUCAUCAAAGGCCAGGACUCAAUCAUGCAGCUCAUGCGGCGAUAGGCUGCUUGUGCCGUACCAUGCGCGAACCAUCCGGUGCACGCGUUGCCGGUCACUGAGCAGCGUGCACUCCUUCUUCCCGUCGCUGGUUUUCCCCAAAGUUCUGAUGAACAACAACUCAUACAACAGUUACUCAUCAUCCCAACGAUACAACUACGACAGGAUCACUACUCAACAGUCCUCUAUUAGAGGCAUGGAGGGUGACUGGCCGGACAGCUUCCCCAAAGUCACCGGAAAGAAGAGGGCACUGCUCAUCGGAAUCUCCUACUCUAGUAAAAGAUAUGAGCUCAAGGGAACUGUUAAUGAUGUUAACUGCAUGAAGUACUUCCUUGUCAACCAUUUCAAGUUCCCUGAUGACUCCUUCCUCAUUCUCACAGAGGAGGAGAAGGAUCCUCACCGGAUCCCAACUCGCCGGAACAUACUGAAGGCGAUGCAGUGGCUCAUAUCCGGCGUGAGCUCCGGAAACUCCCUCUUCUUCCACUUCUCUGGCCAUGGUUCCCAGCGCCCAUGCCUUGGAGGCGACGAGAAUGAUGGCUUCGACGAGACUCUCUGCCCGCUUGAUUAUGAGACCGAGGGGAUGAUCGUAGACGACGACAUCAACAACAUCCUCGUACGGCCAUUGCCCACCGGAGUACGGCUUCACGCCAUUGUUGAUUCUUGCCACAGCGGCACUGUUCUUGAUCUGCCUUACCUCUGCAAGUUGAGCAGGACAGGUUCUUUCCAGUGGGAAGAUCAAAGCAACAGUUCAAAUACAUAUAAAGGCACUAGUGGUGGGUUGGCCAUUUCAUUUAGCGGCUGUGGUGAUCAUCAGACUUCUGCAGACACUGCUGCCCUUUCGAAUGAUGUUACGACUGGUGCUAUGACAUUCUGUUUUAUUCAAGCUGUGAUAAGUGAACCUGGAUUGACCUAUGGUCGCAUUCUCAGUGCCAUGCGCACUGCAAUUCGAGAUGCUGGCAUGGGUGCCCCUUUCUCUGGUCCUAUAGCUGCUCUUUUCAAAAAAGUGUUCAAGUGUGGCAUAGACCAGGAACCUCAGCUUGCUUCUUCAGAGAAGUUUGAUAUACAUCGGAUGCCAUUCAUUCUGUAGUACAACUUCUGCAUCAUAUGUGUUUGUUCUUAUACUGCUUGUCUUUCAAUUAUCCCUUCAUGUUGUCAAUUGAGAAUCAUGUAAAAAAUUUAUGGCUUUACAACGUUUGCCAGCAUUGAGUGACAUAAAGGAUCACAUCUAUUUAUGUAAUUUCUAUUUGUCCUGGGUAAAAUUGGAGUAAAUUGUCAUGA